AUGGUAAGAGAGUUUCAUGCCGUGAUAGGGAAAGAAACAAGAAAACAAGCAUUGGAAAAAUGGGGAGAGAAACCAGAUAUUCUGGUAGCAUGUGUUGGUGGUGGUUCAAAUGCCAUUGGUCUUUUCCAUGAAUUUAUUGAUGACCAAGAUGUUAGGCUGAUUGGAGUCGAGGCUUCCGGAUUAGGCCUUGAAAGUGGCAAGCAUGCUGCUACAUUAACGAAGGGAGAAGUUGGGGUUUUGCAUGGAGCAAUGAGCUAUCUUUUGCAGGAUGAUGAUGGACAAAUAAUUGAGCCUCAUUCUAUCAGUGCAGGGUUGGACUAUCCAGGGGUUGGACCAGAGCAUAGUUUCUUGAAAGAUGUAGGGCGUGCUGAAUACUACAGUAUUACGGACGAAGAAGCACUCGAAGUGUUGAUUGAUGAUUGA